AUUGUGAAAUGGCCGCUCCAGUGAAACUCAGAAUCAUCCUUGGGGAAAAUGAUUCCCAGAGACUAACCCUGCAAGAGGGGAUUCCAGAGACUGUUGGUGAACUUGUUCAGCACAUAAAGAGGCAGUGUGGGGUAGAGGACCACUUCAGGCUGCAAUUUAUGGAUGCUGAGUUUGGCAAUGAGUUUACCAACUUGACGUCAGUGUCAGAGAUCCAGGACAAAAGUACCUUAAAGCUUGUCUUUGAUUCAGCUGCCUCUGCCCUGCCUGAUGUCACAACCCCCCCACCCUACUCCACUCCUGCCACAUCAGGGUCUGGUGAGUCAUCACGUUCAUCUGGUAGCUUGUGUGAUACGGACAUUUUGUCCUCUCCUGAGUCCAACCCUUCAAGAUCCUCUGGAUGGCCUGUUGUUUUUCUUGUUCCUAAAUUCCCAUAUGAUUGUGAGCUGCAGCUGGACAAAGCCAAUGCUGCAUUCAAAGAAAGCGGAACUUUAUUGAAUCCAGACAUGAGGCUUAAAACUGCCAUUCUUGACAGUUUAGCUGAAAAAAUUGUUCAGUACAAAGUGUAUCCCUCAGACAAUGAGUUUGAAGAGGUUGCCGAAGCCCUUGUGUCAUCCCAUCCAUGUUUGAAAGAGCCAGGCUCUGCCACUGGAUAUGGUGGCUGGAAGGUGAGCUUAAAGUACAAACUUGCUAACUACAGCAGGAAGCUCAAGCGGCUUGGAUGUCCAGAGGUUGAACUUAAUUCGCUGACAAAUAAACCUGCAGAUAAAUGCAGUGCUGCUUAUGGUGUGAAGAAGCCCAGAAGAGCGGAAGUUAAUUACUGCCCCACCUACCCAUCUGGUGAAUCCGCAGAGACACUUGAAAAGAUAAGAGAGACCCUGCUUUUAGAAGUAAGGAAAAGGAACAAUGAAGACACAGUGGCAGCAAUGAUGGACAAGACCUUUGCACACAGAAGGCAAGAAGUUAUUCGUGAUGAACCCUUGAUUGCUGAUAUAAAAACCAGAUGGCCGGCUCUCUUCUGUGUGCGUGAGCUAACUGCUGAAUUCAAGAGGAUUACAACCGUCAGUUUGCUGUCAAAGUUCUUCUCCCAGCUGGAUGCUCAUUCUUCAAACUUGAUGAGGGUGUUUGGCAAGAAAGGCGGCGUUCAAGGAAGAAAGAUAAGAAGCAUCAUGAUACCCAUCACCAAGACUGACGCCAUUGAUGUCAAAAGAGAGUGCAUCAUCAAAGCCCUGUGUGUGUACCUGAAUGAAGAGCCCGAGAACCUUGUGAAAGAAUACAUGAACACAGAUGGAGGGAGCAGUGAAGCUGCAAUGAUGGAGACGACAUUUGGAAUAUUUGUCAUUCGCAAGGAAGGUGCAGAGCCAGGUGAUGGACCGGAAGAUGUAGGUAUAGUUCUGGAUGGGCUGGGAAACGUGCCACUUGCUGUGGUCAUGUUGUUUGCGCUUGUAUAUGCGCUUAACCUCAGCUACCCGCCAGAGCUCAGAUACACCUUUGAAGCUUUGCAGAAGAUCAUCAUGGAGCUUGAUGGAAACAGACUCUCAAAAAAAAAUCAAACACUGAAAACUCUACUUGCGUGUUAGUCACCCUCAAUAGAGUAAACUACAGGUUUG